UCACCACUCCCAGCAUAGGUGAGUUUGAUUGUGACACUCAGUCGUAUAACAUGUCAGGACAUAUAGCUGAUCGUUGGAGGUACGUAGUUAAACUGGGUUUGAAGCACGAAAAUCUCUUGGAUCUUUCACGGCAUAUAAAUACUUUUCUUGCAAUAUGUCAAGUAGUAGUACAGUAUUUGGUAUUGAUUUCUGGACAUUGCUGUAGAAAUCAUGGAUUAACCUAGGCAAUACAAAACUCUGAUAUCACGGUUGAUGGCACGCGAUAAUGACACAGGUUGAAUGUGACUGCAGUCGUAAAUAGAUUAUCAAAUAUUAAGCCUUAUCUUGUACCUUUAACAUUAUUAACGUUCUCCUCCCUCACUUCUCAGGGACUUGGGGAAAACGUGGUGUUGUUGCACAUUCAGGUUGGAUGUUGGUAUGUAACACAUGAGAAUGUGUCAUUGCAGUUCCACGACCACCGAAGAUACUGACCAACAACUCCGAUAUGGAUGAACAAAUGUACUUCUCGGAAAGCGAGGGCACUGCUUUGCUCCUGAAUUGUGAAGCUGAUGGCUACCCGCAACCAAGUUACAAGUGGGAGAAGAAUGGCAGAUCGUUUGUUUUGGGUGAGAACAUGUCACUCAACAACGGAACACUCGUUAUUUCUGGACCGACAGCAAGUGAUGGUGGUGCUUACCGCUGUUUCGCAACCAAUAUGUUGGGAACUAGUGUAAGCGCCAGAUUUCAUCUGAUGGUUCGUUUCCUCGGACGUUUCCCCAAUAUUCCCAGAGCUGAGAUGACUGCAGUUGUAGGGGAACAUCUGACCCUUGAAUGUCUGCAUCCCUCUUACUCAUCGGAGUAUAUUCAGAUGGACUGGGAAUAUAACGACAAGUCUUCCACAGCAUUUGAACCUUUCGUGCCCAACACCCGCAUUGUGCAGGAUGCAUGUGGCAGUUUGAUAUUCCGCAGUGUUGAGGAGGGAGAUUUUCCCGUUGGUCGUGUUUUCCGCUGUCUUGUCUCCAUAGGCCAGAUUGUGUCAACUACCAGUACCAACAUAACAGUCAACUUGACAGUCGUAAUAAGACUGGGUAUUGAUGGGUCUGCUGGGAAACUCCCAAAUUUGAUUUACUCCAGCGCAAACCACGUGACAGCUGUAGCUGGACAUCCACUGACGAUGUACUGUGUGUACGGUGGGAGCCUCACCAUCUCUUUAACCUGA